AUGAGAAUCCUCGCAUUUCUUCAAUUUGUCCUUCUGCUGAUUGAUCACACCUCCUCAGUUUCCAGACCAGGGUGUCACUGUGAACAAACGUCCUGCUACUGCUCCAAACUAAACCUGGAGUCGGUCCCUGCUGCUCCUUCACAGCUCAUCACUCAACUGGAUCUCUCAUUCAACAGACUGAAGAAAAUAACGGAGAACGACUUUGUAGCAUUUGUUAGUUUACGGUCUUUGAUCUUGAAUAACAACCGAAUCGAAACGAUCCACGACAAAGCAUUUGUCCCGCUGACUAAUUUGGAGAAACUGGAUUUGUCCUUAAACAGACUGGAUACGUUGUCUGCUGGAUGGUUUGAGAACCUCUUUUCUCUUCAGUCCUUGAAUCUUUUGGGGAACAAAUACAAAUCGUUGGGUCAAGGGAAUCUUUUCCAGCCACUGAAGAGUUUAAAGACGUUACAUUUUGGAGGACCUCACCUUCAAUCGGUUAGAGAAGCCGACUUCUCUGGCCUCCGUGGUCUGGAAGAGGUUGUUUUUGAUGGAAAGAAUCUCAGAGUCUACACAGAAGGAAGUUUGAGACAAAUUGGGCCAAUUAAAAAUGCAACACUUGGUCUGAAUGAUACUAGAUUCUUCUUAACUCAUUUUGGUUCUAUUGGAUGGAUCUCACGCAUUGACCAUUUGGAGGCUGUUGUGUUUAAAAACGUUAAUGUCCCUCAGUUCUACAAAUUCCCAGCCCUGUUUUUCCUGCAGCCUCUGCUGAGCGUGGUGCGGAAGGUGUCUGUGCUCAACUGCAAGUUAUUCCUUCUUCCAUGUCAGUCCUCUGUCGACUUCGCAAAGCUUGAGUUUAUGGACAUCAGUGACAACUUGUUGACUGAUCUGGCCCUGAGCGAGAUGAUGUGCUAUGGCAAAGGUGGACUUUGGAGUUUGCAAACCUUCAAUGUCAGCAGGAAUCAACUGCAUACCAUCAACAGCCAGCUCUUCACCAAACUAGACAAGCUUGAAAACAUCGACAUGAGUGGAAACGUGUUUCAUAGGAUGCCUGAGACUUGUUUCUGGCCGCCAAGUCUCCGGUUCCUCAACCUUUCAGCAACACAUUUAAGAGAAGUGACCACAUGUUUGCCGAUGAGUUUACACAUCCUCGAUCUAUCAGACAACGACUUGACCGUGUUCAACAUCGAGCUACCUUUUCUCACAGAGCUGCACAUCUCCGGCAACAGGAUCAGAAGCCUGCCAGAUGGAGGUUUAUACCCUCGUCUGUCAUAUCUCUUCAUUCAAAACAACGACUUGCAGUGGUUCAGCGGCAACCAUCUGAAUAUGUUUAACAAUCUGAAGAGUCUGGAAGCUGGUGCAGACACGUUUCACUGCUCAUGUGACUUUAUAGCGUUCAUGAGGAGCGGCUGGAAGAAUCAUCAAGUCACCUUUGGGGAUUCCAAGUCGUACAUUUGUGAUUCCCCCGACGCCUUGAGAGGAAAGAGUGCAGCAGACGCCAGGUUGUCUGUGUUUGAGUGCCACACAGCUUUAGCUUUUUCUGUCCUCUUCUUGGGAAUCCUGCUGGUUUUGGCACUGGUCGCAGGUUUGUGUCACAGAUUCAGCGUUGUGUGGUACGUGAGGAUGACCUGGGCCUGGCUGAGAGCCAAGAGGAAGCCCAAGUUAAAGAAGGGAGAGCUCCAGUAUGACGCCUUUGUCUCCUACAGCGAGAUGGACUCUGGUUGGGUGGAAGCACAUCUGAUCCCGGAGCUGGAGCAGACGGAGCCCCGUCUCCGGCUCUGCCUCCACCAGAGAGACUUUGUCCCCGGAGCCUGGAUCCUGGACAACAUCAUGGACGCCAUCGAGAAGAGUCACAGAACUCUGUUUGUCCUUUCUCAGCAUUUUGUCAGGAGUGAAUGGUGCAAGUACGAGCUGGAUUACACGCAUUUUAGGCUGUUCGACCAAAACGACGACUCGGUUGUGCUGAUCCUGUUGGAGCCCAUCGACAAAGAGACCAUCCCCAAGAAGUUCUGCAAGCUGCGGAGAGUCAUGAACUCCAGGACGUACCUGGAGUGGCCUGAUGAGGACCACCUGGUCCCCCGGUUCUGGAACAGUUUGAAAACAGCCAUUAAAAGGCCCGAGGCCGACAAUGGAGACAUUUUACAAUUUGAGGAGCUUUAAUUUUGUGUUUUGUUUGACAGAUUUUGGUAACGCUUUAUAAUAAGGUCCUUAACUCUCUAUGGUACGGUGUUGCCCUCAGGCAACAUACCCAUUUUUGGCCUGUCCGAUUUCUUCAAUGCAUGUUUUUGAGUGAUGCAAUACUUUAAAAAAGAGGGAAGAGUAUAGGGAACCAAUAGCA